AUGGCGGCCACCAAUGACUCCCUCGAGAAGAGCACCAUCGUCGAAAACUCCGUCUACAAGUCCUUUGCCGACAAUCCCAUCUAUUUCCUGACAAACUUGCAGCAGCUGGGCGACCCGCGCACUCGUCACUACCCCGUAGUGAUGAACCCCCUCUUCGUAUUUCCUCUCGUCGCCCUGUACAUAUACUUUGUCAAGGUCUCUGGUCCACGCUGGAUGAAAGACCGGCAGCCCUUCCGCAUCGACGGUCUGGUGCGUGUGCACAACCUCCUCAUGGUGCUGGCCAACGCCAAACUCUGCGCCACGCUCAUGUGCUCCACGUACCUGCCCGGUGGUAGCUACAGUUUCUGGUGCCAGGGCAUCACUGGCCGCACCGACGACAGCCUCCAGGAGUUGUACAGGACCGGCUGGGUCUACGUACUUUUCCGAUACAUAGACUUUUUGGACACCGUGUUCUUCGUCCUCCGCAAGAAGUUCAACCAGAUCACGCAUCUUCACGUCAUCCACCACGUCAUGGUGACGUUGAACGUCUGGUUUUGGGUCCUCUUUGCCCCGGAGGGUCAAGUGGCAUUUAGCCUGGCGCUCAAUUCCUUCGUGCACGUGGUGAUGUAUUCCUAUUACCUGCUGGCCAACAUGGGACCGACGAUGCGCAAGUACCUUUGGUGGAAGAAGUACCUGACCACGCUGCAGAUAGUGCAGUUUGUGAUAAUAGUCGCGCACAUGUCUAUACCGCUGUUCGUCGACUGUGGGUUUCCCCGGUAUCUCAUAUUCUUGGGUGUCGUGCAGACGCUGCUUGUGCUAGCAUUGUUCCUGAACUUUUACAACAAGUCCUACAUUGAACCUGAGCGCGUGAAGACGGCGCCAAAAGUCACGGCGAGCUAUGGAGACGCCACCUGCGUACAAACAUGAACACAAAAAGGAUAUGUAGUCUCUCGGUUAUUUUUCGUACAACUAUUAGGCAUCCUAGAGUCGCGAAGAGCGUCGAGAAUUACUGUUUAUGCCACGGCCAUUUUGGCGCUUCCUUGUUUCUCUGAACGAAAGGCACGGGAUCUAACUUGUGCAUGCAAGCUCGUCGCUUUCGUCUUUUUAUUG